GACAACCUAGGCAAAACCCUCUGCGGGCGCCGCGACGGUUAAUCAGAUUCCCGACCGAGGGGGCAUGGCCGCCUGCUGCAGGGGCCAAUCGAAAACCUGGGAGGCCCUAUAUGCAAAUAUGAGGGCCGGGCGGACCCGAGGUUAGGAGGGGCGCGGGUUGGGGUCGUCGUACCGAGCGUGUGGCAGCCAAUGGGAACCUGGCUCCUUGCUCCGAGAUGUGGGCCAGCUAGGGUGGUUGCGAGAGAUCAGAGCCGCCCAGCCGGGGAGAGCCGGGGCAGUAGCAAUUGCGGGGAGGGCUGCUGCUUCCCCAGAGCCUCCUCCAGGGUUGGGGAGAUGCUAGAGUGCCUGACUUCGGAGAGUGAGGAAGGGGGCGAAGAGAGGGAGGAGAGUUCUACAGAAGAUCUAGAAGAGCUGAAAAAAGUUGUCGCCCUGGCUUUUGUGAGAGAGAACACCCAAAAGAGGCUUCAGAACGCCCAGCAGCAUGGCAAGAAGAGGAGGAAGAGAAAAAGAUUGGUGAUCAAUCUAUCCAACUGCCGCUAUGAGAGUGUGCGCAGGGCAGCCCAGCAGUAUGGCCUUCGAGAGGCGGGUGACAAUGAUGACUGGACUCUCUACUGGACGGAUUACUCGGUGUCGCUGGAGCGAGUGAUGGAAAUGAAGAGUUACCAGAAAAUCAAUCAUUUUCCUGGGAUGAGUGAGAUCUGCCGCAAGGACUUGCUGGCCCGGAACAUGAGCCGGAUGCUGAAGCUGUUUCCUAAAGACUUCCAUUUUUUCCCUAGGACCUGGUGUCUCCCUGCUGACUGGGGAGAUUUGCAGACUUACAGCAGGUCAAGAAAAAAUAAGACGUACAUUUGUAAGCCGGACUCGGGCUGCCAAGGGAGAGGCAUAUUUAUCACCCGGACGGUGAAAGAAAUCAAGCCGGGGGAGGAUAUGAUCUGUCAGCUUUAUAUUUCAAAGCCCUUCAUCAUCGAUGGCUUCAAGUUUGACCUGCGGGUUUAUGUGCUGGUGACCUCCUGUGACCCUCUCAGGGUUUUUGUGUACAACGAAGGACUGGCUCGCUUUGCCACCACCUCGUACUCCCACCCCUGCACAGACAACCUGGAUGAGAUCUGCAUGCACCUGACCAACUAUUCCAUCAAUAAACACAGUUCCAACUUCAUCCAAGAUGCUCAUUCUGGCAGCAAGAGGAAACUCUCCACCUUCAACUCGUACAUGAGGACUCAUGGUUAUGAUGUGGAGCAGAUAUGGAGGGCCAUUGAGGAUGUCAUCAUCAAGACGCUCAUCUCUGCUUACCCGGUCAUCAAGCACAACUACCACACCUGCUUCCCCAGCCACACGCUCAACAGUGCCUGCUUUGAGAUUCUGGGUUUUGACAUCUUGUUGGACCACAAACUCAAACCCUGGCUGCUGGAGGUCAACCAUUCUCCAAGCUUCUCCACUGACUCCAAGUUGGAUAAAGAGGUGAAAGACAGCCUGCUCUACGAUGCACUGGUCCUCGUCAAUCUGGGGGGCUGCGACAAAAAGAAAGUCUUGGAGGAAGAGAGGCAGCGGGGACGGUUCCUGCAGCAGUGUCCUUCUCGGGAGAUGAGGAUGGAAGAGGUCAAGGGUUUCCAGGCAGUGCGGUUACAGAAAACGGAGGAGUAUGAGAGGAAAAACUGUGGCGGGUUCCGCCUCAUCUACCCUGGUCUGAAUUUGGAAAAGUAUGAGAAGUUUUUCCAGGACAAUAGUUCCCUCUUCCAGAAUACUGUUGCUUCCAGAGCCCGAGAGCUGUACGCCCGGCAACUGAUCCAGGAGCUGAGGCAAAAACAGCAAAAGAAAUUGAUCCUAAAGAAAGAGAAGAAGGCAGAGAUGCAGGGCGAGUCUGUUGGUGAGCAGGCAAGAGACAAGUCCAUGAAAGCCGGGCAACAGAGACAGCAGCAGAAGAGCAAGACCACCACUCAUCCCCCCAAACAAUGCUACCACCCAAUGACUUUAGUAUCCUGCACACCUGGCUUGUUCUUGAACAUCAGAGGCAUAAGGAAUAAUGAAACCGCCAGUAGCCUCCACCAGGACCCCAAGGAGGCCAGCCUCGCUCCCUGCAAGCCCAUGUCAGCGAGGCACUACAAUUCUGUCCCUGACCUAAGGAAUUCAAAUCUCAACUGCUCUGGGACAGAGCUCUGUAGGUCCAAUUCCAAAAUCAAGGAAGUGAAGUCGGCCUUUUCAGUGAACAUAAUCAGCAAUAAUAUCCUGCCCUUAACAACUGAAGAAACUUCCCCAGAACCUACCGCCGGGCUCUCAACCUCUCUAGAAUCCCUGGCAAGCCUGAGCCUGACCACCAGCCCUGAGUGCAGCAGCCCCGACAGUGUCCAUACAACCUCCUAUAGGUACAAGCAGCAGAGAGCCUCCCACACGCUGAUCCAGGAGAUAAAACCCAAACCUCCCAUGUCUUCUAAACCCAGGAAUUUGGACCCGAGUUGGACCUUGCUAAAGAAUGAGGUGAAGAGGCAACAUCUGAUGUCAGAGAUACUGCAGAAGGUUCAGAUGAAGAAGAAACGCUCCUUGUUCCCGGCUCCCAAGUCACGUAGCCUGUACUUGACCAAGGAGUGGUGCUCCCACAGCCUUAACUCUGGCAGGAGGAGAGAGAUGGAUGUGCCCUCCGUCCUCUUCCUGCAGGGUUGUCACAGCCAUGGUGAAUCUCUGAAUGACCUUCUGGUAAUUGCCACUCAGGCCCGUCUGGAUCCUAGGCCUAGCAGAGGCCAUUCAGGUACUACAAGGGACCCAGGCACUACAAUCGACGCAGUUGCUACAAUCAACCCAGGUGCGACAAUGGACCCAGGCGCUACAAUCGACCCCAUCACACAGGACCUGAAGCACACUGCCAUUGCCUGAUCUCUGGUCAGAAAGGAUGUGAGAGCUUAGAAUCAGUCUGGAUCUUUUGCCGUUUUUCCUUUCCUACCUCUUAUUUCAGGAAAUGAGUAUCUCCAACGUCUACAAAAUGGCCUGGAAGUUUCGUUUCCUCAUCUAGAAGUUCUGGUCUGAUAAAUAGUCUCAUUGGCACCUGUGAGGACAGCGACCUUCGGUGCUGUCCCGUUAUCUCACAGUGCUGUGUGUGGAACCAGGACUUCUAGGGAUCGAUUGCUGCUUCCCCAGGACAGUUGCCUCAGCUGUGGCGCUCCUCUGGGUCCCUCAUGUGAUGGCCACUGUCAUUCAGAACACUCCCCCAGGCUAAGCAACUUGAGGGAGGAGUGAGUGGAGGACUCCUGAUUUCCAGGAGUCCAGAGCCCUCUCUCUACCUGCUGGCCUGUGUUGGUCCACCCUUCUCUCUAAAAACAAAGGCAGAACUAGGACUAAGUGUGGUGGAAUUAAGAGUCUUGAUGAAAAGAAUUCAGGACAGUUGCGAAUUCACCAGCAAAAGUGAUCCUUUCCACUCCAGACAGCCCAAAGGCCUGGCAUCUCAGUUCCCAGACUGCCUCUUGCUGCUACCUCCCCUUCAGUCUUGCUGGCAAAGACAGGUAAUGUGCGAGUACCUAGCCUGCGGGUAUUUCUUCCAUUGACUUGCAGAAAUUAUAUGUCUUCCUUCAUUUAUACAUUAAUAAAAUAAAUUGCCAUGCUCAA